AUGAUUGCCUUCAAAACGACAACUCUUCUCUUCUUUUUCACGACGUUUUUCUCGUCGGUGAUCGGCCAGGAUCCUGAAUGCGUGGGCGUUGAGUGUGGCUUUGGUGUGAUGGCCAAUGCAGCCUAUGCAUUCAUCGCUGAGGUGAAUGCCGAGUAUGGAAUCGUUGUUGUGAACAACUGCUCGAAUUCGAUUUACCUCAAAUGUGCCUCCGGCGAUGAUGCGAUCACUGGCGAUGGAUCGGAUGAUGACGAUUGGUGGACAUUGGAAAACGGGAUGGCCUUGGCUUGGGGUUUCCACUCCGGGUUCAAUACUUGUUUCUGGUGUUAUGCAAACAAUAACGGACAAGAGGCACGUGAUUCCGGCAACUGGUACAUCCAUCAAAAUGUCUGGGGAUCUCCGGCUAGCGGCUGCUCGGGAGCCCCCGACACGGCUAGUCAGGGAAAUCACAAUGGAGUGACCUCGUGGCAAAUUCGAGACGAUGGAGCCUACUCGAAUGGAUGUGCGGCCUGUGGGGAAGACGACGAUUUCGAGCUUUACACCGAAUGGGGACCUGAUCCGAAUGCU